AUUUUGUAGGAUGCUUAUGGUUUCGACAAACAAACUUUAUCGUAUUUCACGUGUAUGAGUCAUCAACAGGUUUAUUCAUUUUUGAAGAUUCAUGAUAACUACAGAAUGCAUAAACCUUCAGUAUCCCAAGCUGCUAUUGAAACUGCCAAAUUAGUUAAGUCUCCAAAUCCAUCUCCAGCACUAAUCCAGUAUAGGGGUCGAUUGAGUAGUCUUACUGAAGUAGAGAUAGAACAGUUCAAGAUAGCCAAUUAUGCAGACACUGUUCGUCAACUUGAUGCUUAUUAUGGGCAAAUAAAAAGACAAAUUCUGAACUUUCAAAGUCCAACAACAGGAUUAUUUCCAGCAUUAUCUCAAGAUAAAGAAUUAGCCUAUGUGAGAGACAGUAUAUAUUGUGCUGUUGCUGUUUGGGGUCUUUAUCAGUCAUACAGGAGAAUAGAUGAUGACCGAGGAAAAGCAUAUGACUUGGGACAGAGUGUAGUGAAAUGCAUGAGGGGAAUCCUUUUUGGUUGGAUGAGGCAAUCAAAAGAAAAGAUGGAAUGCUUUAAGAUGAACCAAUGUCCUAAACAUGCAUUGCAUAGCAAACUUAACCUACAUACAGGCCAGCCAGUUGUCACUAGUGAUGAAUAUGGACACUUACAAAUUGAUGGUGUUUCACUUUACCUAUUGUUUCUGGUACAAAUGAUCAACUCUGGUCUUCAGAUAAUCUACACAAUGGAUGAAGUGAAUUUUGUUCAAAAUUUAGUUUAUUAUGUGGAAAGGGCAUAUCGCACCCCAGACUAUGGCAUGUGGGAACGAGGAAGCAAAUAUAACAAUGGAACACCAGAAAUUCAUGCUAGUUCCAUAGGCACAGCUAAGUCAGCUCUGGAAGCUAUCAAUGGUUGUAAUCUGUUUGGAGACAAGGGUGCUUCAUGGUCUGUCAUAUAUGUUGAUAUAGAUGCUCACAGUCGAAAUAGAAGCAUCUUUGAAACUCUUCUUCCCAGAGAAUCAAGUUCGAAGAAUACAGAUGGAGCUUUACUUCCAGUCAUCAGUUUUCCAUGUUUUGCUACACAUGAUGAGCUCAUCUAUACUCGCACAAAAGACAAAAUCUUGAGGAAGCUACAGGGAAAUUAUGGUUUCAAAAGGUUUCUAAGAGAUGGGUAUGGUACUGUGGAGGAGGAUAUUUCUCGGAAGUUUUACAGAGCUGGAGAAACAAAACAAUUUGAAAACAUUGAAUGUGAAUGGCCUAUGUUUUUCAUCUUCAUGAUUCUGGAUGGAGUAUUUAAAGGAAAUGAAGAACAAGUCAAGAAAUACCAGCACAUGCUUCAUCCACGCUUGAAAAGAGAUAAGUAUGGAGAUGCCAUUGUGCCCAAAUAUUUCUAUGUUCCUCCUGAGUGUUUAGAGAGUGAGAAAUCUGAACCAGGAUCCCAACCUCGUGUCCCCAGCAGUGAGGGUGAUGUGGGUAAUCUCUUCAUGAUGGGACAGGCCCUUUACAUUUUGUCACAGUUACUGAUUGAUGGACUUUUACACAUAAAUGAACUUGAUCCUGUUCGGCGUUACCUACCUUCCUAUAACAGACCCAGGAAGUCUGGGAGAUAUUCAGCUUUCCAAGGUAAAGCAUCCGGGACAGCUAGUGACCUUGUCGUCCAGGUGGUCCUGAUUGCUGAAAGUAUGAGACUUCAAGCAAUGAUGGCCACCUAUGGAAUACAGACCCAAACACCACAUGAAGUGGAACCUGUGCAGAUCUGGCCUCCACGACAGCUAGUUAAAAUAUACCAGUUUUUGGGUGUCAAUCUGAAGUUGAGUUUAAAGGGAAGACCACCAAGGCCUAUUGGAGCACUAGGCACUAGUAAACUGUACCGUAUUUUGGGACAGACAGUAUUGUGUUAUCCUUUAAUCUUUGAAGUUAAUGAUUUUUACCUUUCCCAUGACAUGGCUCUUCUGAUUGAUGACAUUAAAAAUGAGCUUCACUUUGUAGGCAGAUACUGGAGAAUGUCAGGAAGACCAACUGUUUGUAUCUUGAUCAGAGAAGAACACAUGAGGUUUGUUCAUUUCUCACAU